AUGGUCUGCACGCAGAUUAUUGAAUGCUUGAGCUGUGCCAUAACCAUGGGAGUUAAACCACUUAAAUUUCUCACCCCUAUGACAAGUCUGCGCAACCAAUAUCUGGUAAGAAAAACCAUGUUGGAAAUGCUUUCUGACCGUGGAUAUCCAAUAAAAGAAUAUCAAAUGAAGGAUUAUGACGAGUUUGUGAAUAAAUAUCCAAGUUGCGUGAAGGACACUUCCAAUCUGCGCAUUAUAGUUCAGAAAGAUAAGGAAAUGCUUUUCGUAUUUUUUUCGGAUGAAGAAAAGAUGUCUCUAAAGAACGUGAAAAUCCUUGUAGAAAACAUAGAAAAACAAAACAUAAAAAAUUUGAUUGUUGUAUUGCGAGAGGGAAUAAGCCCUGCUGCGAGCAAAUUUGCGCUUGAAUGUCCGGUGAAUAUCACAAUUUUUAAGGAGAAAGAACUACUUUUCAAUGUUACCAAACAUAGCUUGGUAUUUAAGCACAGGAUUAUCACCUUGGAGGAAAAAGAAAAGUUACUAGAAGAGAAGAAAAUUAAGGAGGAGCAGAUGCCAAAGAUUCUAGUAACCGACCCAGUAGCAAAAUACUUAGGUGCGAAGAAGGGUGAUGUGUUGGAGAUAGAGAGAGAAAGCGAAACCGCGGGUUUUGCGUUGUAUUGGAGAAGAGCCAUGUAAAUGUUACGAGGAUAUACAAUAAAGAAGG